UAACCACAUACAUUUUUUUAUUUUACGUAUUUUGAUGUGUUAAAUACUGAAAUGUAAUAUUUCAAUAGGUAGCUAACUAUUGUACAUUUGUAAUACAGACAAACAGUAAUACAUAAGUUACUAAUACUGAUUUUCUGUAAUUAAUAGAACAUAAAAAAUAUCAUUAAAGAUAAAGUAUUUUUACAUUGUGUCUUCACUAGUAUCUAUUUAAUAAUUUGAACGAAAUAUCUUUUUAAAAUAAUAAUCAAUCAUUGUAUGUAUCACUACAGCAUGUAACUGGUUAAUUAGACAAUCGUUGUUAUGAUGUUAUUUCAGAAGAUUGGGUGAAAAUUAAAAAACUAUUGUCACUUAUACGGUUAUACAUUCACGAUUUGCCAACGCCAUCAUGAUAUCAACUAGUAUAUUUUUAUUGGUGGCUUUAAGUCAUACAUGUGUCUCUAUUGACAUCACAUAUCCUGUGUUUGGAUAUUAUGUUCAAGGACAACCUGCUGCAUUUGGAGAUUUUGAUUCUGAUGAACUUACAGAUAUGUUUGUACUAAAAGAUCAAGGUCGAUCUAUUGAAAUUAUGUUUGGUUCUAAUGUUGAACCUUUUUUAAAGCCUGGUACACAGACUAAAUGCAAGUUUAAUAAACACCAAAUUACAUCGGUGGUGCCUGGAGACUUCAAUGGUGAUGCUCUUAUGGAUUUACUGGUUACUGUAAAAAACAUAACAGUUGGUUCAGGAGGGUUUUCCAAUUGGUUUUCAGCAAAUAAACAGAAUAAUGAUUUAGAUGUACAUAUACUGUGGGGAGGAUUAAAUGUUUUGGCAUGUCCAAAUGAAGAUAAACCCCUUUUCACUAUUAUUGACCAACCUUUGGUUAUUAACUAUGACAGUAAUAUGAUAGUAGAUUUAUUUGGUGUCAAAAAAAUGGCAAAUGGUACAACACAAAGAAUGUUUUGGCUGUUCAAUUCAACUGGAAACUUUACAGAAAUGGCAAUGGAAAACUAUAAAUCUGAAGAGAUAAGAAUUCCUCAAUCACACGGAUUUGUUGACUUAGGCGGAGAUGUUGCACCUGAUUUAUAUUUAACAACUACAAAGGGAUAUGAAGUGUGGCUUUCUAAUUCUGAAGUUGAUGCAUUUAUUUUUAACCAAACUAUCUCAUUUCCUGACAAUUUAAAGGUUACAAAUGUUGGUCAAACAGCUUUCAUGGAUUUACAACUUAAAGGGCGCAUGGAUCAUAUUGUCCCUGUUUGUUUUGAUACACAAUGUACCAACAGCACUAUUUAUUUUUAUGAUUCAACUCGUUGGUAUAAUUUGGGAAUAAAUUUCCAUAAUGGUAACAGUGUUUGGGGAUUUGUACCACCAAUGCCUAAUGUACCGUAUCUAGAAACAAUCACGGUACGCCCUGGUGAUUUCAAUAUGGAUGGCUACCCUGAUUUAUUGGGCACAUUGUGUCUUGGAGGCAGUAUAAAAAAAACAAAAGUAAUUUUAAUGGAAAAUGUUGCAUGUACGACAGGCUGUGAUGGGUUUGACAGAACAUUUGUUGUUCGAUGGGACUUACUUCAGGCAAUGAAUGGUGAUAAAAACAACAUUAUGGGAGCAUUUUAUGAUUUUUUUCAAAAUGGUAUAUUAGAUGUGUUGUUAGUUAGUGGAGGUAAUGGAGAGUAUAAUAUGUCAGCUUUUAAGAACAGUUUGGACUAUGAUGCAAAUUUUUUGAAAGUAAUGGUUGUUACUGGUUUGACAAAUAGUAAAUAUGAAAUGUUACCAAGUCGAUUGGGAAAAAAAUCUCGUACAUUUGGUACUAACUUACCUGGACCAAAAGUUAGCUACGUGACUACUACACAGGAUGGGUAUCCACGUCAAGGCAUAGCUACACAGUUACCCCAGUCUGCGUAUUAUUCUCUUUAUUUGCCUUACACAAUAUUUGGACUUGGACGUACUCCUAACUUUGUAGAUGAACUUACUGUUUCGGUUUUAAAUGAAACCCGUUCUUGGACACAAAUUAUCCCAAAUUCUCAAAUGGUUGUAAUUCCAAAUCCAAUAAAUGAUCCAAGUAGAUGGAAUGCUAAACUAUUUGUGACACCAAGCCGUUUAAUAUUUCAAAGUGCAGCUGCACUUGCAGGAACAUGCCUACUUAUUUUAGUUAUAAUUGGAGUGCUCUACUUUAAAGAACGACAAGAAGAUCGUAUUGAAAAACGCCAGGAAGCACAUAAAUUUCACUUUGAUGCUAUGUAAAAAAAUUCAAGUUUUUAAAUAAUUUUUAUGUUCUGUUACUGUGAUUAUUAUUAUAUUCCUAUUUUUAAAUUUAUAAUAAAAAAAAUUUCUUUAUGUAUACCUAAAUAACAUUUUAAUUUUGUUGAAAAAUAUUAAUGUACCUAAGUUUAGUUUAAUAAUUUCAACAAAUUUUUAAUUCAAGAUAGUAGCUUAUUUAUUAACAAGUUAAAAAACAAAAAAACUGUGGACCUAGAUUUUAAAAAUAAUAAAUACAUACUUAUAGAAAAACAUAAUAUAGAAAUAAAUCAAAAAUUUUAAAUUAUUAUAUUUUUAAUAGAAAGUUAGUUAAAAAUAUAUGUAUUUUUAUUUUUUAUUCAAUAAUAUGUAUUUACCUGUCUUAACAUUUAAAUAUUUGUUGUUGAAGGAUGAUAAUAUUUGUUAUUGAAGAUAAGUCUAUGAAUAAAUAUAAAAUUAUAAAUCAUAAGAAUAUAUUUUUUGUGGAAUUUAUAAAUUAUUACAAACAAGGCUGUAACUUUGGGAUGUGUUGUCUGUCUGCUAUUCAAGAUAUAUUAAAAUUUGAUAAAUUAUAAUUAUAUAUAGUAAAAAACAAAUUAUUGAUCACCAAUACCAGAAAUAACAAUGGUACAGCCUUGGAUUUGUGGAAUAUGAUAAGCAUAAUAAUUACAUUAAAUGUUAUAUUUACAAUUAUUUAAAAGAAAUGUUUUAUUCAUUAUUAAAAUGUGAUUUAUAUUUUAAUAUUUUAAGCUAUAAUAUUUUUUGAUAGAGAUGUUUAUUUAUAUGUUAGUCAUGAUAUUUUUUGCCUUUCAUUUAUUUCCAUAAUUUGUUUAUUAUAUAAUACUUCAUUAAAACAUUAUACAACUGUAAAACUAA